CUGAAUCGCUCAAAUCUCUUCUCUGAAUUUAGCUGCAGCUUUGGUUGUAUGUUUUUCCCCUUUUUACAACCCAUACUUGGACUUCUUGUGUCAGGAAAGAGCCGAUACAGAACAAGUGAAAUAUAUCCCAAAUGAUCCCUUUUCUUCUCUGAACAGUGUUAUUGUCCCAGUCUUUUCCAGGAGUAUGUAGCUUCCCUUUUUGCAAGCAAUAGUUCUCUGGUUUAGCAUAGUCUUUGUAAUGUUAGUACCUUCAUCUUUAAAACCUUGUCUUAGAUGUUAGACAAACUAGCACAACCCCCCUUGAAACUGUAGGAGCACAGAAUCUUCAAGCAGUAAUAUCAUCUUGUGGAUGCCUGAGUCUUAGCUGAGGAUCCAAGCCCAUAUAAUGCUUUCCCAAGGGUCAAAGCCAGAGGGAAAUUAAUUUUUGAUCAUGCUGUCCAUUAGUCCUGAGGACUUGUUAGCUUAUAGUGUCAACAGGGAGAGAAAUAGAUGGAGACACCAUUGUGCUUUGGUUUCCUGCACAGUCUUAGUUUUAAAUUUUCUGUCAAUACAAGCAACAUUGGAUGUUGCCUGAGGGCCACCAGCUGAUCAUCAGUGAUCGGUCUGACCUCGUGUGUGUCAGAUGCCACGGAACUUCCCAGAAUUAAUCUCUGCUUCAAGCCUACUAGGCACUGGUGAAGUAAAGCACAUCUCUUAGAAAAACACACAAUCUUGAUUUCAAAUUUUCCAGCGAUGAUGAACCUACCACAGCCUUUGGUAAGUUGUUCUAAUGGUUAAUUACCCUCACAGCACAUCAGCUGAUGUGAGUUGUAUCAACUUAGCCUUUAAACUCUUUUUUUUUGAAAAAAAAAGGCAAUGAAUGUGUAUACACCAAGAACCUCUUCCACUCUCUUAAUUCCAUCCAUGAAGUGACAGAGCCUAAAUAGCAUUUCUGUAGGCUUACCAUGGUACCAACACAAUGGUAAUGUGAUCCUCCUUUAUUCAGGCCAUAUCUCCAAGAAUAUAGUUCAUGUCAUGGCAAAGCACUGGCAAAUGUAGAUCAGAUAAUUAACAGAUGUAGUCCCCAGUCUCCUUCAGCAUAGUCCAUAUCUUCUGUGUAUGGACUAGAUUCUUCAAUCCACAUCCAUAAACUGAGUAAUUCGCUAUUUUCCCUAAUAUUUGUCACUGACAAACUUUAUCAGUAAUGUUUUUGUUUUCUUUCAGGUCAUUGCUCAAAAAAUACUGAAUUUUCUAGGGCCCAAAUUUGGCUUCUGGGGCUCCCCUGUGAAUGCUGACUGGGGGGCCACUCAGCGGGACCUACAGGCUGCGCCAGAUUCACUUCCAUUGGGGGUCCAACGAUGAAGCCGGCUCUGAGCACGCGGUGGAUGGGAUGAAGUAUGCGGCAGAGCUUCAUGUGGUCCAUUGGAAUGCAGAGAAGUAUUCCAGCUUUGUUGAGGCAGCUCGUCAGUCAGAUGGAUUAGCAGUCAUGGCUGUAUUUCUGAAGAUUGGUGAAUGCAACCCUCAGCUGAAGAAGAUUACUGACCGCUUGGACACCAUCAGAAUCAAGGGUAAAAAAGCACUAUUCACAAACUUUGAUCCUAGCUGUCUGCUUCCCAAGUCCCUGGACUACUGGACUUACUUUGGCUCUCUUACUGUUCCACCUCUUCUUGAGAGUGUCAUCUGGAUUGUUCUGAGAGAACCCAUAAGUGUUUGUUCUGAACAGCUGGCCAAAUUCCGCAGCCUCCUGAGCACUGCUGAGGACGAGGUCGCCUGCUGCUUGCUGAGAAACUACCGGCCUCCCCAGCCUCUAAGAGGACGAGAAGUCAGAAGGAAUUAAAGGAGUAAAGCCAGAGUAGUCUCCCUCUGAAACCAAAGGCUGAAUUAAUUUUAAUAGUUAAUAUACUUUGUGAUUUUUAAUUUUUUUUUCUUGAGUUGUUGUAACAAAUAGGUGUUGUUUUAUUACUGGUUAUCGUGCAGUCAUUUCACACAGACAGGUAUGUCCUGCCUGAGCUGUUGCAGGUUCAUCGACAUUAACAGGUCUGACUGUGUUUGAGUGCAUUGGUUUGGGAGCACAGAGGUCACUGCUAAUCAUAAGGGUCAGAUGUGGUAAAGGAGUUGCCCAGAAUUUCCCACCAAAUUAUUGAACAGGAUGCCUGGUAUUAUUGGCAGUAUAGGAUGUUCUGGGUUUAUUCUUCUGGUCUCUAACAUAACAUUUAGCUUCUAUAUAGGACUUCACAAUGUAAUUCUCAAGGAAAAACUAUUUCAGUGAUGUUAUCAUGUCACUUUUCGACACAAAGCAGUAAUGACUAACAGCAUUUAAGUAAAACAGAUGUUUAUAUGAUCCUGUUAUUCUGGCUACUUCAUAGCGGGAAUCAUGUACUGACUGAUGUUUUUUUAAAAAGCAAAUAGUAAGGAUUUUGUGUAUUGCCAGGUGGAUUAGGUAUUCCUGAAUUUCAUAAUGUGUAGUGAUGAAAUUGUCCUGAAACCUGAAAACUACAAGGUAGAAAGGCAUAGAGAGAAUUAUUUGGGUCUAAAUGUAGUCUGUUGCAUUUGGUGAACAAUAAGGGACUAACUAUAACACUAUAUCCAUGUAGCAUCAGACUUUUACCACUUAAAAUCAGAAGGCAGGGGUGGCUGUUGCUCCAGACUCUUUCAUGCUAGAUGCUGUAGUGUGAUCCACAUGGUGCAUACCUCACACUCUGCAGUGGAGCACAGCACUGCUCAGGUCUGUAACGUCUCAAGGUACUGGCUGUCAUAGUUGAACUUUGGUGGUUGCACUUAUAUGCCAAAGAGAAGACCAAAGAGAACAUUCAGAGAAAGCCAAAGAAAUUGGAAUCAAGUCGAUAUCUAAUAAAAAGCUCAGCCCUCAAUAGCAAUAUGUUGAAAUGUCUGUCUUUAUGAAUUGACUUGAGCCUGAGUUUCUCUCAAGAGCUUUUUUUAUCUGAGUAUAAUUGUUUGUUUUAUGCCAAAUUUAUUUUUAUUCUUUUUAAUGAACUUGCCAUAGGAUGUAGCUUAGGAUAGAAUUAGAUUUACUCUCAAACUAUGAGAACUACAUAGUUACCAGUGAUACCUGGAAGAGGCAGCUAGAGGUUUCAUGGGUAGCAACUACCAUCAAUCUCUGUAGUACUUCUGACCAACUCAUCUUCCAUGAAUUAAUUUUUUUAUAGGUUUUAUAGGCUCUGCCUUU